AUGGCACAGACACACCACCAUAUCUGUGGUUUCUUCUACAUCGACCACGGCACCAAUAACUGGGGUGGUCAGACUCAGCGAAGGAAAUACCUGCCACAGCUCUCGCUGUCGUGCCACGCCCGAAUCGUGUCGACCGUCGUUCGAGCAACACUGACACAAAAGUUUGUCAACCCUUCCAAAAGCCUCAUCCCUGAACUGCGUUACACCUUCCCCCUCUAUGAUGGCGUGUCGGUUGUCGGCUUUACCUGCACAGUGAACAAGGACCGAGUCAUCCGUGGCGUCGUCAAGGAGAAGCAUGACGCCCGUCAGACCUACAACGACGCUGUCGCAAGGGGAGAGACGGCCGGACUGCUCGAGCAAAUCCCCGAUGCCAGCGAUGUAUUCUUGACAACCAUUGGCAAUGUGCCCGCCGAUGCUGAGAUCCAGGUUGACAUCACCUACCUCGGAGAGCUGAAGCAUGAUGCUCAGAUCGAUGGCCCUCGUUUCACCUUACCUACAAGCAUCGCUCCGAGAUACGGAUCAUAUCCCGGCGAACUAGUGGGCAAGGCGACAAACGCAUCUUCCACAGACGGGAUCAAGAUUGUUGUUGACACUGAGAUGCCGACAAAUUGCGCCAUCAAAUCCAUUCAAUCACCAAGUCAUCCCAUUUCCGUCACGGUCGGAUCCCUCUCCACUUCUGCAGACGAUGCUUCCCCGUCUUUGCACCUUGCAUCGGCUUCACUCUCCCUGGGCACCGCCGAACUGGAUAAAGACUUCGUCCUCCAAGUUGUGGCGACAAAUAUCUCCAAUCCUGUCGCCAUACUUGAAACCCACCCUACUAUUCCGAACCACAGAGCUCUCAUGACAACUCUUGUUCCGAAGUUCAAUUUGCCCUCCUCUCGCCCAGAAAUCGUCUUCAUCUGCGAUCGCAGUGGCUCCAUGGGCGGCGGGAAGAAGAUACCUCAUCUCAAAUCUGCUCUCCAGCUAUUCCUCAAGUCGUUGCCACUCGGCGUGAAAUUCAAUAUUUGCAGUUUUGGCUCCCGCUACUCUUACUUGUUCCCCGAUGGCUCAAAGACCUAUGACCAAACCAGCCUCGAUGCCGCCAUGCGUCAUGUUGAAUCCUUUGCCGCCGACUUUGGCGGUACAGAGAUCGCCAAGCCAGUGCAGGAGACCUUCAAGAGACGAUAUAAGGAUAUGGAUCUCGAGGUGUUUGUCUUGACCGAUGGUGAAGUCUGGAACCAGCAAGGCCUGUUCGACAUGGUCAACAAGAAUGUCGAGGACGCCAAUGGAUCAAUCCGGCUGUUCACCCUCGGCGUUGGAAACGACGUCAGUCACGCCUUGAUACAGGGCCUUGCUCGCGCCGGGAACGGGUUCUCCCAGGCGGUGCUCGACAAUGAGAAAAUGGACACCAAGGUCAUUCGCAUGCUGAAGGGUGCCCUCACUCCGCACAUUAAUGACUAUUCUCUCGAGAUCAAGUACGGUAAAGCUGCGUCUGAGCUUGGUGAUGACGAUUUCGAAGUGGUCGAAAAGGUGUUGGACGCUUUGAACCUUGACAUUUCAGAACCCGAAGACCAGGACAUAUCUUCCACAACGCCACCUCCUGAAUCAAAACCCACAAUUUCACUCUUCGAUCCCAGCGCCGAUCCUGAUGCCGAGACGAGCGAGAAGACAGGUCGCUACCCGCAUGUACCCCCUGUUCCAGCACCAAAGCUACUUCAGACUCCAUUUCACAUCCCUCCGCUGUUCCCGUUCAACCGUACUAGUAUCUACUUGCUCUUGUCCCCGGGGACAACACAACGACUUCCCAGCGCCGUAGUCCUUCGAGGAACGUCAGUUCACGGGCCGCUUGAACUAGAAAUUCCAGUCAUGGCCCUGAUAAUUCCAGACAAGACCAUCCAUCAACUUGCCGCCCGCGCAGCCGUCAAGGAGCUGGAAGAAGGCAGGGGAUGGAUCACACAAGCAAAAGAUAAGAGUGGGGCGCUCUUGAAAGAAAAGUACGAAGGCCGUUUCCCUGAUAUGGUCGAGCGGGAAGCGGUGCGACUUGGUCUGGAAUUCCAGGUCGCCGGCAAAUGGUGCUCCUUUGUCGCUGUAGAGGAUAACGAUCAAUCAGAGAAGAAAUCAAAAGCAAACCCCAUUGAGAUUGCAAGGCAGGUGGAGGAGGAUGCUGUCACGACGAAACUGCAGGCUGUUUCCCCGGGAAGUUCAAAGGACGUUAUUGCCACGGUAGCGGUCAUCAGCUUCCUACGGAAGAAGCUGCCACUGGAGAAGGACGCUUGGGAGAUGCUGGUUGAGAAAGCAACGGCUUGGUUAGAAGGAGAACUGGGCGACUUCCCGACAGCAAUGGCCGAGGCUGUCGAUGAAUUGUUUGAGUAG